AUGGCGGCUGCUGUGUUGCGAUACUUGAGCCCCAAGGCUGCAAAGACCAUGCCGCCGGUUGACGAUUCGAUGAUUUCCGUGGACGAGUACGAGCAGGAAUAUCCUGCCAUAGCAGCCGAAGACGCGCCGAUUGCUGACGUGUAUCUGGAUGACAGCAACCAGCGGACUAAGAAUCAGUUUCGUCCGCGUGUGGGCAAAGGGGGCGCCACGAGUUAUCAGCUAAGACAGUAUGCCGAGGUUACGCUCGGCGGGGGCAGCUUGAGAAAGGUGGUCAAGUUGCCCGAGGGGGAGGACGAGAAUGAAUGGCUUGCCGUGAACAUGGUCGACUUUUACAACCAAAUCAACUUGCUGUACGGAGCCAUCACGGAGUUUUGCUCGCCACAGUCGUGCCCCGAGAUGAAGGCUACGGAUGAGUUCGAAUAUCUCUGGCAAGACAACGAAAACUACAAGCGGCCGACCAAGAUGCCUGCGCCGGCGUACAUUGAGCAGCUCAUGACGUGGGUGCAAGCCACUAUUGACAACGAGUCGGUCCUGCCCAGCAAGAUCGGCGUGCCCUUUCCCAAGUCCUUCCCGGCUCUGGUGCGGCAAAUCUUCAAGCGCAUGUACAGAGUGUAUGCCCACAUAUACUGCCACCAUUACCCCGUGAUUCGAGAGCUCGGCCUGGAGCCGCACCUGAACACGAGCUUCAAGCAGUAUGUGCUGUUCAUCGAUGAGCAUAGCUUGGCGAGCGGCAGAGACUAUUGGGGCCCGUUGGGCGACUUGGUGGACAGCAUGCUCAGGAGCGAUUGA